AUGCAAAUAAUCGUUCAGAGAUGGCAUGCGUUUGCAAUGUUUCUGUUUACAUAUCAAAUUGUGUUUGGUGAUAUUUUCGUGAAAAAAAAAAUUUAUUUUUCUUGUAUUCGAUUUGCAAAUAAAAUUAUGAAAAUGAAAUUCUUAAGCCAAACAGAAGCUAUAAAUUUUGAUCAAGAAUUAUUCAAUGAAUAUCAAUUUAGUGUCGAUCAAUUGAUGGAACUUGCCGGUCUAUCGGUUGCAUCUGCUAUUUAUAAAUCUGGAUCUUUGGAUCCUAUUUACAAACCGCCCGGUCAGAUAUUGGUUGUAUGUGGUCCCGGUAAUAAUGGUGGUGAUGGUCUAGUGGCAGCUCGUCAUCUAAAACUUUUCGGUUAUAAUCCAGUCAUUAUUUAUCCGAAACAAGGAAAAGGACAACUAUUUGUAAAUCUUGUUAAUCAAUGUAAACGAAUGGACAUUGAAUUCAUUAACAAUGUUGAUAAAUUAGAUUCGUAUAAAUUGAUUGUGGAUGCUUUGUUUGGUUUUAGCUUUAAACCACCAUUACGUGCUGAAUCACGACCAAUAUUGGAAAAUUUAUCCCGAAUUGAUCAUCAAAAUAAAAGAUUGAUUUCGAUUGAUAUACCAAGUGGUUGGCAUGUCGAACAUGGACCAUCGUCAUCGUCAUCAUCCGAAAAUGAUACCAAUGGUCAAUCAUUAACACCAAUCAUAAAACCAGAUUGUCUCAUAUCAUUGACAGCACCGAAAAAAUGUGCACAACAUUUUCGUGGAUCACUACAUUGGUUGGGUGGCCGUUUUGUACCACAAUCAUUGGCACAAAAAUAUCAAUUAAAUUUACCCGAAUAUUCUGAUGCUGAACAAUGUUUGUUGCUCUCUUCCAAAUGAAUUUUGAAAAUCAAAUUAUUGUUAAUGAUGAUGAUUAUGUUAAUCAUCAUUUCAAUAAAUUUAGAACAUUAAAACAGACACACACAAUUUGAA